UCUGUGUGUGUUUGUGUGUGAGUGUAAACAUGUACACUUCUCCGAGUUCAUAUCCAAAUUAUAAAGUGCCUUGAUCAUGGCCAAGAAGGUAGCGAUUCUUGGCGCUGGAGCGAGUGGAUUGACGGCAAUUAAGAGCUGCAAUGACGAGGGUUUGGCCCCUGUGUGCUUCGAGCGGACUAAUGACAUCGGUGGUCUGUGGAAUUUCACAGAGGAAGUUCGAGAAGACCAAGCAUGUGUAGCCAAAUCCACAGUGAUCAACACUUCCAAGGAGAUGAUGUGCUACAGCGACUUUAUAAUUCCAAAAGAAUACCCCAACUUCAUGCAUAAUACAUAUGUACAGAAAUAUUUCCGCCUCUAUGCAGAUAAAUUCAACUUGUUAAAACACAUCAAGUUUCGAACGGAGGUGACGUCAGUUAAAAAGGCAGACGACUUCGCCAAAACUGGUCAAUGGCAACUACAUAUUAAAGACCUAAAUAACAAUGCAGAGACAGUUGAAAUAUACGACGCAGUGUUAAUUUGUACAGGCCAUCAUGCAGACAUAAAUAUUCCAAAAAUGCCCGGACUGGAAAAUUUUAAAGGUCGUAUAAUUCACAGUCAUGACUACAAAGAUUUGAGAGGUUAUGAGGAUAAAAAUAUUGUGAUUGUUGGAAUCGGAAAUUCUGGUGGAGAUGCCGCUGUAGAACUAAGCCGUGUUGCUAAGCAGGUGUACUUGAGUACGAGGAGGGGUUCAUGGGUAUUAAAUAGAGUAGGGUCGGCAGGUGUCCCACAAGACCUAAUAUUCACCAAACGCGUUAAUGAGCUCCUCAAAGAUUUACUUCCGAUAUCCUGGGUAAAUUCCGUGGCCGAGAGUAUUAUAGAGAAACGUUUCGACCACGAAAAGUACUCGUUAAGGCCAAACCAUCGAUUCUAUUCACAACAUCCUAUGGUAAACGAUGAUCUACCAAACCGAAUUAUAUGUGGUGCCAUACAAAUACGACCAGAUAUAGAUCACUUUACGGUAAAUGGCGUGAAAUUCGUAGAUGGAACCGAGGUCGAAGCAGAUGUCGUUUUUCUAGCAACAGGUUACAAAUUUGGAUUCCCGUUUCUAGACGACAGCGUUCUUGAUGUACACGAUAAUCAUGUUGAUUUGUACAAAUAUGCAUGGGCUCCUGAUCUGGAACACCCUACACUAGCGGUCAUAGGGUGUAUCCAGCCAUGGGGUGCAAUUAAUCCAAUCGCAGAACUACAGUGUCGAUGGGCUGCGGCUGUUUUCAAGGGGGACAUCCAACUCCCACCAAGGGAGGAAAUGUGUGAGGAUAUCAAAAAGAAAAAAGAAGACAUGUCUGAGAGAUAUGUGAAAUCACAGCGACACACAAUUCAAGUAGAUUGGAUUCCAUUCAUGGAUGAGAUUGCAGAACAAGCUCAGUGUAAACCAGAUUUAUGGAAACUUUUCAAAGAGGAUCCUCGCUGUGCUCUUAAUUGUCUAUUUGGCCCAUGUACUCCUUACCAGUAUCGGCUACAAGGUAGGAAACCAUGGAGUGGAGCCAAAGACGCCAUUAACACCCAAUGGGAAAGGGUAUACGCCCCUUUGAAAACGAGGCCAACCGGAAAUGACGCAGGUGGUGAAUCACGGCUAAAGACGUUUAUCUUUCAGAUGCUAUUAUUCAUGGUGAUCGUUUUCUUAUACAAAAUGUUCAUGUGAACCAUUGUCUAAGAUUUAACCAAACAAUCCAAAUAGACGUCUUUCCAAAUGAGACGUCCAGUUGUCGUAGAACUUUAGUUGUGUCAAUGUUUGACAAGGUUUGACAAUACUUAUCAAUAUCUCAGAGCUGGUUUCUCAAUGGACGUAUCAACACAUAAGAGUAAUAAAUCGACAUUGUAUGUCCAGAAAUUAGCAUAGGAUAUCUAACAAUCAAUUAGGAUUCUAACAAUCAACGCUGAAUAUCGUAUACACUUAAGUCUCAGUUACAUUUGCCCUACGACGGAUAUACGAUUACCAUGACUUCACAAAAUCGCGCGCUGCAGAAAACCUACAUCCUACUGCUUGUCCCUACAUAUUAUGUUGCAUAUUUCCCAGGAUUUUGGGAAGCUACGGCCUUUGUUCGGUUGCUUUAGUUAGAAUGUGUCCGAGGAACAAGAAUCAUGUUAUCUUACAGAAACACACGACAGAAAAUAUCUAUAUAUCUACAUUCAAGUUAAUGCAAUUAUCGUACUCUCCAAUUCACCUAAGAAACAUGACUAAAAUCUUAGGAUUUAUUAUAAAAAUAGAUGUUCGUUAUCUAAUAUCAUAUUCCAGGGGGUACCCCCGUGUUUCAUUUAAAGCUAGAAAUGUAUUUGAGUAAAAGUGACACUGGGAUCAAAUGUUCUGACAAUUCUUUUGCCAAUGUUUUGCCAUAUAUUCGAAAUCCAACCAUUUCAAGAUAUUUCAAUGUCAAGGCCACCAUGACAAAGGGUUAUACAUCUAUAUUUGUAGUUUUCAU